AACACAGUUUGUCGUUGUGGUUAUUCUUCAUAUCUGGGAUAUAAUCUAAAUUGACCAAGCAAACGAUCAUGCAGGGCAAAAUGUUCUCUGUAUCCUAAAUGAUUCAGUCUUCUACUUAGAAUAUGCAAACAUUUAAAGAAGUGCGUUAAAGCAUCUAGAAUCGGUGCAGUUUGACUGUGGAUAGUCACCACGGGAGAGACGCAUCACAGCUGAAGGGUCCGAGUUUAAACGUGAGACGCACAGAACUUCCAGCGAGGGAGAGCGAGGAGAGAGGAAGUGAGAAGGUGGAACGAAAAAGAAGAAAAAACAUCUGGACUUCAUUUGGUUCCCGGAGAAAAGGAGAAAACGUAACAGCUUUACACUAAAGCCAGUGUUUUCUGUCCUUCAAUCUUAAUCGGUUUUGAAAUCGGAGAAUUCUGAAAGAAUACUUUUUUUCUCAUGCUAGCUACGGUUUUUUGUUUGUUUGUUUGUUUGUUUGUUUGUUUGUUUGUAUAAACGCACAGUCCAGGUGCUGCACGCCGCAAUCCUACGAUUCGUGGAAGGUGCGCGCGCAAGCCCUCGUGGGUAAGCUGUUGUUCCGCGAGCGAGCGAGACCACUCGCGCCCGGAUUUGACGGACUUUUUGAAAAACUCGCAAUCUCCGAGUCAACGGAAUCAACCGGUCAGGAAUUACUAAAUUAAUGUGGGCUUUGUGGAUGAAGUCCGUCGAUACCAGCGCACUCUUCUCUCCUCCGGGUAUCUCACAUGGGGCAACUCAGAAGGACUUCCUGGGCCACUGAGACGUGACUCUGGGCCCUAUGCAGCUUCCCCCCCAAUUCUGAAGGCCCAGAGCAUCUCAGACAGGCCGUUGGGUAAAUGCCUACAGCCAUGGAAAUCUGUCCUGAAGGCCCCAAGGUGAGCAAGUACUACCAGUACUACAACAAGACUCUGAUCAAGGUACAUUACGCCUGUGCCAAGGAGCUGAACAAGAAUGAGCUGGACGAACGCAUGAAGAACAAAGAGGGGCCUGGCUUGAAGAACAUCAUCUUCAUCAUCAUCUGCAGCAUCAUCAUCCUGGAGAACCUCCUGGUGCUCAUCGCCGUCUUCCGGAACAAGAAGUUCCACUCCGCCAUGUUCUUCUUCAUUGGAAACCUGGCUUUCUCCGACCUGCUGGCUGGCUCAGCCUAUAUCGCCAACAUCUUCUUCUCGGGCCCGAAGACGUUUGACCUGGUGCCGGUGCAGUGGUUCAUCAGAGAGGGCACCGCUUUCAUCGCCCUGGCCGCGUCGGUGUUCAGCCUGCUGGCCAUCGCCAUUGAGCGCUACAUUGCCAUCACCAAAGUCAAGGUUUAUGGCUCCAACAAGACCUGCCGAAUGUUCCUCCUCAUCGGAGCGUGCUGGGUCACCUCAAUCCUCCUGGGAGGCCUACCCAUCAUAGGCUGGAACUGCAUCAACGAACUGACCGAGUGCUCCGCCGUCCUGCCCCUCAACUCUCGGCGCUACAUCCGCUUUGUGGUCUCCAUCUUCAGCGUUAUCCUGCUCUCCAUUGUCAUCCUCUAUGUCCGCAUCUACCUGAUAGUGCGCUCCAGCCACCAGGAAGCCACCAACUCCCAAGCCUACGCCCUGCUCAAGACCGUCACUAUCGUGCUGGGGGUGUUUAUCGUGUGCUGGCUGCCUGCCUUCACCAUCCUCCUCCUGGACACAUCCUGCAAGAUGUCCUCCUGCCCCAUCCUCAGCCACGCCGAUGCCUUCUUCGGCAUCGCAACACUGAACUCUGCGCUCAACCCGCUCAUCUACACCCUGCGCAGUAAGGACAUGCGGCGAGAGUUCCUGCGCGUGCUCUGCUGCUGGGGCCUCUUCCAGUGCGGCCGUCCGGCCGAGCGCUGCAUGGUGCCACUCAAGAGCUCCAGCUCGCUGGAUCACUGCACCAACAAACACGAACACCAAACAACACCCAUCAUGCAGGACUGUACCACUGGCGUAUGAGUUGAGGGGGUGUCUGUGGGGGAACUGUGCUAGUGGGUGCAUUUAGAGCUGGGAGGAAGUCAGGGAGACUUCAGGUGAGACUUGAGAGGAGCAGCGCACCUGUGGAAUCAAGAAGAUGCCUGAGUGGUGAGAGAGGUGCCAGCUUUGACAUCUCUGAGAACCAUCGGCCUGUGUGAAUCCGCAAUUGUUUUCAGUGGACUCAUGUGAGUGCAGAGAAAAUAUUGCCAUUGUGGUAUGGACUCAGUGUCAUAUUUUUCACUGUUACUGAACGAUUUCAUGUUUUUAGACUGUUACUCAUCUUUUUUAUUAAGACGCUUUAAUUUUUCACUGUGUUGUUCACAUUUACGUGACAGUUAUUACCUUUUUUAUCACAUUGGCAGUGACUAAAACGGUUUCAACCUCAAUAACAAAUACAAAAAUUGAGGGUUUUUUUGUCUUAAAACAUAGUUUAAGAUGAUGCACUUUUAAGCAUUCUGUGAUUGUAUGUAUAAUUGACUUGUUGGCCAAAGUCACAUAAAAGCUGAGUUUUGGUGUAGCUCCGCAGUCUUUGUUUAAAAGGAAAUGACAGGGAGUGAAGAAUCACACUCCAUAAUGCACUCAUUUUGAGCCAGGAGUGCAUAAUCUUCCUACGUGUUCCAUUAUAUGUAAGUGUAAUUCCCCUUGAUUAACUACAUUGAUUAAACAACCAAACAACAACAAAAAACAUAACAAAAUCCACUUCAUUAUAUUGCCUGGCAUUCUCACCUGUGUAAAAACGUAUGCCAUAUUCAUGUACACUGUCAAUAUUAACGCUUUCUGUCCAUCUCCCUCAGCCUCUUGCUCUCUGACCUUUGCUUAUUGUGCUGUGCUUUUUUUUACAAUUCCUAAGGGGCGGCGAAAUCAGAAAGCGCACGCCCUUAAAGUGACAACGGCAUUGCCACGUUUCACCUGGCUGGUAGUGAACCGCUGGAUUUGUCUCGACAACGCUGUAGCGUGACUGCAGCGACACGUGCUUUCUGUCUCGCGUUCCCCUGUAUGAAUGUCAGCAUGAAGUGUUGUGAGCGAGAGCUUCACUUUGUGACAGUAUUACCGAACACUGAUCUCAUUUGACUUGUUGCUUAUUGAGUCGAAAAAGAGGGGUAUGGUCACUUUGAAAUCUUUAAAAAUGAUCACGUACGACACCAGACUGAAAGAUGCCGUUGUUGAAGAGACAGGAAGGUCUGACAUUGGGAUUACGUUAACAGGUUACCUCUCAUCUUGUGUCCCUGAAGAGGCACACAUCUAUGGAGGGGGUGCCACUCUUGUGUCAUAGGUUAGAGGGUAAUUAUUCUACCUAAAACUUCCCUUUUCCUGCAGCCACAGGAGGUCCAGUAUUUCCUGCUGCUUCCUGUUGUUCAGGGCUGACCUCAUCCUUCAUUACUAUCCUCACAUUCUUUUCCCCCCCCAAACACAUGUUUGAUGCUACAGUCUGUCCCUCUGUUGAUCAUCAGAGAAAGCACUUUGGCAGCUCUUCCAAAAUCAUUCUUAUGCAUUUGUUUUC